AUGAGCGAAAGGUAUGACAUUGUAGUUGUUGGUGCCGGCUGGUUCGGCCUCGCCGCCGCCAAAGCAUAUCUCGAGAUGUAUCCCACGGAGAAGAUGACCGUCUUCGAGAGUGCCGACACCUGUGGCGGCACGUGGGGACAAGCUCGACUCUACCCGGGAUUGAAGUCCAACAACAUGAUCGGAACCUACGAGUAUCCUGACUUCCCCAUGUCCGAGGAAAUCUACGGCGUGGGCCCGUUCCAGCACAUCCCAGGAGCCGUCUUACACCGUUAUCUAACAGACUACGCCAAACACUUUGGUGUAUUUGAGCGGAUUCAAUUCAAUACCAGUGUCGAGAAGAUAGCGCCGAGUAGUUCCAAUGGCUGGACCAUUACCCUUCCCAGGGCUAAAGGAUCUCGGAUUAUCGAAACAGCAAAAUUAAUCCUAGCGACAGGUUUGACGUCUUCUCCAAACAUGCCUCAGUAUCCUGGGUCGGAAUCGUUUGGUGCACCCUUAUUCCACGCAAAGGACUUUUGCAAGCAGGCUCCCCACUUGGGCAAAGUGAACAAUGCUGUGGUGGUGGGUGGCGCCAAGUCAGCGUUCGAUGUAGCAUAUGCCAUGGUCGAGGAUGGUGCAACUGUCGAUCUAGUUGUGCGCCCGGACGGCCAUGGGCCCGUGUGGAUCGCUCCGAUGUUUGUUACACCUUUCAAGAAGCGGCUCGACCAGUUGUUACAUCUGCGAUGGAUGACUUGGUUCAGCCCUUGUCCAUGGGGAGGCGAGGACGGGUUCCCCACAAUCCGGAACUUCCUGCACGGUACGUUCAUCGGACGAUGGCUAGUCAACACAUUCUGGAAAGUCCUCAGCAACGAUGUAUUGACACUGAACGGCUACGACAACCACCCAGAGCUGAAGAAGCUCAAACCCUGGCACUCGGCUUUCUGGAUUGGCAGCGGACUCAGCAUCCAAAAUUACGACACGUCUCUAUUCGACAUGGUGCGGCAAGGCAAAAUCCGCGUCCACGUUGAAAACAUCAACCAUCUGGAGCCCAAGGCCGUCGUGCUUGCGUCUGGGACCAAGCUCGAAACCGACGUAAUCGUCUGCUCGACGGGAUGGAAAAAGGAGUCUGGUUUGAAAUUCGACGGGUUGGACGAAUAUGCGCUUGGGUUGAAAUACAGCAAGGCCGAGAAGGAAAUGCUCAACAGAGAAGCCGACGAGAAAGUACUCGAGAUGUUUCCCCGCCUGAGAGACCAGCCUCAACUCAAUUGCGAGCCCAAGAAAGGCGAUCCCCUACGGUUAUAUCGAUUCAUGAUCCCGCCGACCAUGAUCGGAGCGAAGAACAUCGCCUUCGCAGGCAUGGUGUCGACCGUGAGCACAUCCAUCUGCGCCAGCGUCCAAGGGCUCUGGAUCUCGCUGUACCUGCACGGCAAGAUCGAUCGGCUCGCACAGACCGAACAGGAGGUCACUGAAGAAGUCAUGCUGCACACCCAAUGGGGCAAAUGGCGGUAUCCGUGUGGAUAUGGCGCCACGCUGCCGGACUUCGUGUUCGAGGCUCUCCCGUACAUGGAUCUUCUGCUUGGCGAUAUGAAGCUGAAGAACCAUAGGAAAAACUCGUGGCUCGCCGAGAUCAGCACCCCUUAUUCUCCUAGAGACUUCAAGGGCUUGUUGGAUGAGUGGAAGGUGAGUCAUUCGCAGGCCAGAUAG